GAUGAACACACCUCUGCAUAUAGUCACCAUAAAUUGGCGUCCUCAGAACUGUUAUGGACCUUACUAAGUUUUCUUCAAACGCCACCAAAAUCCAAUAUAUAAAGAACAAAGAUGGCUUGAGACCACUUGAGAUUGCAGAGUUAAAGCUACAGCCUGACUAUGUCUUUAAGGAGAGACUGACUUUGAUGGUCUUAUUAUCUGCUUACAAACCAAGAGUUUAUGGAGGGAUACCCACAAGUGGGAUGACUCUAAGAAGCAAAUCAGAGCUUCUAGAUGUUAACAAGUAUAAAGACCGUGUCAACGCACUUCUACUAGUGGCAACUCUCAUAGCCACUGUAACGUUUUCUGCAGGUAUUGCUGUACCGGGAGGGUUUAACAGCUCUGCUCCAAACUUGGGCAUGUCCAUUUUGGCCAAGAAGCCCUUCUUCAUCUUCUUUUUGCUAUCUGACAUGAUGGCAAUGCAAAGUUCUGUUUUAGCAAUCAUUGCUCUUAUUUGGGCUCAGAUGGGCGAUCAAGAGCUCGUUCAUAGAGCCUUUCGGAUGGCCUUGCCAUCGCUGUCCUUUGCUCUAUACUGCAUUUCGUUCGCAUUCUUCUUUGGCGUGCUUGCUACAACAAGUCACAAUCAUCUUCUUGUGAUUGUCAUUAGCAUUCUACAUUCAGUCUUUUGUUGUAUGCUCUCUUAUCUUCUUGCUCCUUAUGUUGGCCCAUAUUUUCCUGACUUUCGUCUUUUUCAAAGGUCAGUGGAUAUAUAUAUUCGGGUUCUAUUGCAGUUUGUUGAUGAAGACGUUGCUGAAACCCAUCAAACCUCUGUUUGA